AAAUUGGAUACACUUCUCUUCGCCUUCUCUCUGCCAUCAUGUGUUGUACACCUGAGUCGGCUUCUCGCCCUGUCUUCUUACAAGACUCUCAGAAUCAGACGAUUCCUGGCAAAGAAACAAAAGCAAAAUCAUCCUAUUCCUCAGUGGAUUCAGAUGAAAACUGGUAACAAAAUCAGGUACAACUCCAAGAGAAGACACUGGAGGAGAACCAAGCUGGGCCUGUAAGGAUUCACACAAUCAAUGGCAAGACUUGAGAGUUUGC